UUCUUCUUCAUCACCAUCAUCAUUAUCUAUAGAGAGAGAAGUACUGGUUCCCUUUCCCUUUCCUAUGGACCUAACCAUAACUUCCGGCGCCGGCGCCGGCACCAAAACCCAUGAAGACGGUGAAGUCAAAAUAGCUAACUACAUGAAAAUACCACGUCACUUUCUACCGCCAACGCCGGCGACCCUUAAAUACAGAGAAUGUCUAAAAAACCACGCCGCCGGUCUCGGCGGUCACGCCGUCGACGGUUGCGGCGAGUUCUUACCGUCUCCGGCCACAACUCCCACCGACCCAAAAUCCUUACAAUGCGCCGUUUGCAAUUGCCAUAGAAAUUUCCAUCGCCGGGAAGACGAUUCUGUUACUACCGCCGCCCAAUAUCUCAGUUUCCGGCGCCGACCAUCUCCAAUUCCCCUCCCUCCGCCGCCGCAUAUGUUACUCGCAUAUGUUAACGCAAAUCAACCGGCGACGGCGACUGAAUUGAAGGCGACGGAGAAUUUAAACGGGAGGAAACGACACCGGACGAAAUUCACGAGAGAUCAAAAAGAGAAAAUGUUGUGUUUUUCUGAAAGAGUUGGAUGGAAGAUACAAAAGUCCGAUGAGAUUGCGGUGGAGGAAUUCUGCGACGAAAUCGGCGUCGGAAAAGGUGUUCUUAAAGUAUGGAUGCAUAAUAAUAAAGGAAAAGAGAAAAGUAAUCUUGGCUCCGGCGAGAUCACCGCCGGCGGACGGGAAAAUAGUGAAAUCUUAUAGUUUUUACUGUAAUAUUUAGAUUAUGGUUGUACUUAUCGU